AUGGAAGGCGGGGCCGGCCCCAAGUACAUCGUGGAGCACCUGGAUGAGCUAGAGGAGUGGAGCAUUCUGGAGUACAUACACAUAUGCGAGACGGUAAAGGACAAAAAUGUCAUAUUCACGAAAUUUAACAGACCCUUUGGAGAAGUAUCCAAGGAACACAACCCGACGUGCUACGAACAGCCUAUCAGUGAGUUGAAGGAAAAAUUUGAGUGGAAAAAGAUUUGUCUCCUAGAUAUGAAAGCGAAGGAGAUCUUAACGUGCAACGAUAGGGGACACUUGGAUUACUUGCUCUUUGGAGGGAUACUCGGAAAUGUUCCAUCGGAUGACAGGACCUCUAUUCUGCGAAAGUGCCAGUUCGUCAUUUCGAGAAAUCUUGGGGACAUGCAGAUGACGACAAAUACUGCGGUCCUGGUGUGUCACAUCAUUUUAGAUAAUCACGUAGAGUUUCAGGAUAUCCCUUUUGUCGACAACCCAGAGAUUGUCUUACGAAAUGAGAAAGAGUCGAUGGUUCUUCCCUUUCGUUUUGUCUCCAAGUCGUUUUUUACCGGGCUGGACCAAGACAGAUAUACUCCCGUCCUGCCGCGCAAUUUCAGAGAAUAUCUUAUUCGCCUCGGGGACCAGCGUGUGGGGGACCUGGACGAGUUCCUCUCAGGGGGGUAG